AUGAAAAUUGAGCAUUUUGAUGUUUUGCUCAACAAUCAGUACGAUAGGCCGUAUACUGGUGGCGAAACCGUUCAGGGUCAUGUAGAAAUAAGUGUUUUGGAAAAAGUUAAAGUUGGUCGACUGAUAGUGAAAUUAAUCGGUCAAGCACAAACAGGCUGGAAAAACAAGAAUAGCGAAGUUUUAUAUGAAAGUAACGAACAAGUACUCAAUGAGUACGUUGAUCUGACCAGAAUGCUUACUGAUGCUUGUGAUGAAAAUUUCAAUUUGGAAGGAGGUCUGCAUCAAAUACGUUUCCAGAUUCCACUGCCAUUGGAUGUGAUCUCAUCGAUAGAAAAAGAAAAUUAUGGCUGGGUUCGUUAUACAUGUUCAGGAACUCUCGAUGUACUUGAUGAAGAUGCUAGCGAAAUUGUUGCUGAGCAUAAUUUUACUGUUUACUCACUGCUUACUCUUGAUGCGCCAUACAUGCGACAGCCAGCCACAAGUCGUGAAGAAAAUGAAGUAUAUGGAUGCUGUUGUAAUCGUAAAGUUGGUUUUGAAUCUGCACAGUUAACUAUUUCUGAUAUGGGACUUUUACCCGGUGAAACAGCAAAAAUCACAUUAGUAAUUGAAGACAGAGCAAAAAGGAGACGAAGAAAUUCACGAAAAAAUCGAAAUGAUUGUAUUCUGCUUUCGUUAUGUCAACAGCUUGAUUUCUUAUCACAGAAUCGUUAUGAAUUGCAUUUAUUCGAUAGAAAAUCGCUAACAAUUGCUGUUGAAUCCAUGGGAACAUGUAGAGCAACACCAGGUGCGGGUCCAGAAACAAGGCACAUCGAUUUUCAAGUGCCUAUUGGUUUACAACCAACUUCAAUUAAAGCAAAUGGCCUCAUUACAAUUAGUUAUUUCUUUCGUUUAGAUAUGCAUAAUUUUGAUGUUAUUGUGCCAGUCAUCAUUGGGUCUAUGAAAACUCUUGGCCCAAUUGAUGAUUAA